AUGAUAGGAGCUAAACAGGUGGAGGUGAUGGGACUCAUAUCAGAGCUGGACUACAAUAAGGGCCGCUGUUUCCUUGACGUCCAUGUGGAGAAGGAGGAGCCUAAGAUAUCAGCUCCUCCCCCCUCACGACGCCCAGCUUCCAAACCGUUCUGCCGUCCGACGCUAUUGGGCGGAGAGACUGAUAGGGGAGUGGCCAAGCCUCAGGAGGAGGGGCCCUGUAAACCACGCCAUGACCCUCUAGCACCAGGAGCCAUUGUCAUGCCCCGGCCCUCAACCAAUCACCAGUGGGCGUAUAACAAGGCAGGCCUCCCACUGGUGGAUGUGGUGGUUGACCCCUACUUGACCGCUCACCUCCGACCCCACCAGCGAGACGGCCUGUUGUUCCUCUACGAGUGUGUCAUGGGGAUGAGGGCUACAUGUAGGUACGGUGCUAUCCUGGCAGAUGAGAUGGGUCUGGGUAAGACCCUCCAGAGCGUGGCUUUGACGUGGACGCUGCUAAAGCAGGGCCCAUACGGCGGGAAGCCGGUUGCUAAGCUUGUGCUGGUGGUUGCCCCCGGCAGCCUGGUGCAGAACUGGGGGGCGGAGUUUAAGAAGUGGCUUGGCCGUGAGAGGAUCAACGUCUACACUGUUAACCAGGACCACAGGGUGGAGCUGUUUGCAGCGUCUCCUCUCCACAGUGUAUUAGUGAUCAGCUAUGAGAUGCUGCUACGCUCUCUGGAAGUGGUACAGAAGCUGGAGUUUGAGCUGGUGAUCUGUGAUGAGGGUCACAGGUUGAAGAACAGCAGCAUCAAGACUUCCUCUGCCCUCAGUGGUCUCAGCUGUACACGCAGAGUUAUUCUGACAGGAACUCCUGUCCAGAAUGACCUGCAGGAGUUCUAUGCCAUCAUAGAGUUUGUGAACCCGGGCAUUCUGGGGUCGUCUGCUGCCUACAGGAAGGUGUACGAGGAGCCAAUCCUCCGCUCCCGACAGCCCAUCUGCACUGAGGAGGAGAGAGUUUUGGGGGAGGAGCGAGCAGCUGAGCUCUCUCGUCUGACUGGUCUGUUUAUUCUGAGGCGGACCCAAGAGAUCAUCAACCGCUACCUGCCACCUCGUCAUGAUUGGACAGUGUUCUGUAGCCCCUCCCCCUUGCAGCGGGAGCUGUACCAGGCUCUCCUCUCGCACCGUGUCAUCCGAGCCUGUCUACAGGGGUCGACACAGACUCACACACACCUCGCCUGCAUCACCGCCCUGAAAAAGCUCUGCAACCACCCAGGACUGCUCUACUCCACUGUACAGGAGCGUUCUGAUGGCGGCUCAGCAGAGGGUUCUCUGUAUGAAGGGCUAAGAGGUGUCUUUCCAGAGUCUUACUCUUCUGGGGGCUUCAGUACAGCUGAUUCAGGGAAACUACUGGUCCUGUCUGACCUACUGACCACUAUUCGCCACCUCAGCCCUACUGACAGGGUGGUGUUGGUGUCCAACUACACUCAGACGUUAGACCUACUCCAGGACCUGUGUGUCCACCUGGACUACACCUACUGUCGCCUGGACGGCAACACCCCCACCAUCCAGAGGCAGCGAUUGGUGGACAACUUCAACAGCCCUCACUCCGCCCACUUCCUUUUCCUCCUGAGUUCUAAAGCCGGAGGGGUGGGGCUUAACCUGAUCGGCGCCUCCCACCUGGUCCUAUACGACAUCGACUGGAACCCUGCCAACGAUAUACAGGCAAUGGCACGAGUGUGGAGAGACGGACAGAAGAAGACUGUUCACAUCUACCGCCUGCUCACUGCAGGUACCAUAGAGGAGCGUAUCUUCCAGAGGCAGGUGUCCAAACAGGGGCUUUCUGGGACAGUGGUGGACUUGGGGAAAGGGGCGGAGCACACCAGCUUCUCCUCCAAUGAGCUGCGAGAUCUCUUCAGCCUGACGGACACACCCUGUCUCACUCACGACCUGCUACACUGCAGCUGCAGUAUGGACGGAUCAGCCCCGGAAGAAGGAGAGGAUGAGGCGCCUGCGUCUGAUAGGCCGUGCCAGCUGGGUCGUCAAGGUGACCGUGGUGGGGCGGGGCAGAAGCAUCUGAGCAUGUCAGAGCUGAUGCAGUGGAGACACUUCGCAGGGGACACGCACACCUUCAGAGAUGCUUACCUGGACCACGCACAAAACCACAUCUCCUUCGCCUUCCAGUCCACCAUCUCACACACCACUCAGUAACACACACACACAACACACACACACACACAGAGGCUUUCCACAAAUGACCUCAUGCAGAGACCUUAAGAA